CCAGCCCCUCCAUCAGGAAGUUGUAGCCUUCUGCAGGUUUCUUGUUGUACUUUGACACUUCGCCCAAUACCCAAAAGGAGAGUGUCUCUUUGGACUGUGUUGUUUUGUCUGCAUUAGCUUCACUCAGUAACGUCUGCUCAGUGUUGCGUCUUUCAUGGCGGGGGGAAAUCUGUCGGUGGUGCUGCACGCCCAGAAAGACCUCCGGCUGGAACAUCGCCCGAUCCCGGAGCCAGGGCCUAAUGAUGUUUUGCUGCAGAUGCACUCUGUAGGAAUCUGUGGAUCAGAUGUCCACUACUGGCAGAACGGCCAAAUCGGGGACUUUGUCCUCACCAAACCGAUGGUGUUGGGACACGAGGCAGCAGGGCGUGUGGUUAAGGUCGGAUCAGCAGUCAAGCAUCUUAAAGUGGGUGACCGAGUGGCCAUUGAGCCAGGGGUGCCCCGCGAGAUGGACGAGUUCUUUAAAAAAGGAAGAUAUAACUUGUCUCCUACCAUCUACUUCUGCGCCACACCUCCUGAUGAUGGCAAUCUGUGCCAAUACUACAAGCACAGUGCCAACUUCUGCUACAAGUUGCCUGAUAAUGUGACAUUUGAGGAGGGAGCUCUAAUCGAACCUCUGUCUGUGGGGAUACACGCCUGUCGCAGAGCCGGUGUUACUCUGGGCACCACCGUGCUCAUCUGUGGUGCAGGGCCUAUUGGGUUGGUCUCCUUGCUUGUGGCCAAAGCGAUGGGGGCAUCGCAGGUCAUCAUCACAGAUCUGUCCCCCGAGCGUCUGACCAUAGCCAAAGAGUUGGGAGCAGACUUCCAGCUGACGGUGAAGAGAGGAGACGCUCCCCAGCAGCUCGCCAAGAGUGUCGAGGAGAAGCUGGGCGAUCAGCCUCACGUUACUAUUGAGUGUUCUGGAGUGGAGAGCAGCAUUCAAACCGCCAUCUAUGCCACAAAAGCAGGUGGAGUGGUGGUGCUGGUGGGUCUCGGAUCUGAGAUGGCCAAUAUUCCUCUGAUCCAUGCUGCCGUAAGAGAAGUGGACAUCAGAGGAGUUUUCCGCUACUGCAACACCUGGCCGAUGGCAGUAGCCAUGUUGGCGUCAGGGAAAGUGAAUGUGAAGCCCCUGGUGACCCACCGCUUCCCCCUGGAGCAGGCGGUGCAGGCCUUUGAGACCACGCGUCAGGGUCUUGGGAUAAAGGUCAUGUUAAAAUGUGACCCGAAUGACCAGAAGCCCUGACCCACUGCAGGGAAACAGACCUGAACGACUCAGAAUGACAAGCAGACACAAACACAGGCUGGACGUUGACCCUAGAGUAGAUAACAGUGAGUUCAAAGAGACAGACUGCUUACAGAGCUGAGAAGUGACAGGCCGCAUGUCAGAGGUAACCAACAUCCAAUGGUACGAGAAAUUACUGAAUAACUUUACACUCUUUUGUGUAACCAUCAUUUUCAAAUCGUUUAGUUGUGUGAGCGUACCGGCUCAUGCUUGGGUUAAAAAGAUGGAAGGAGAGGAGGGAUUGCAAUAAAACGGUGUUUACACAACAAAAAGACAGCCGCUAUGGGCCAAAAAUAACCAAAAACGUGCCCGCUGUUGUCUGCCUCGGGUACUGGAGACGACUGGCUCCCAGUCUACAGCAAGACCCCAACCAGGUUACCAACUUGCUUUUAUUUAGUGACUCAUUACCUGAUUCUGAUCAGCUGUCUGUCCUCCGGCUGAGCCAUUCCCAUCACUCCAGCAGCCGGCGCCCUAACCACAGGUUGUUUAUCAUUUGUUCCAUUAUACAUUUUUCAUUAUUUUACAUAUGGCGAUUGUAAGGAAAAUAAAUAAAUCAUACAAUUUAAAUGGGUUUUUGUU